ACAACAAAAAUGGCCCGUACCAAGCAGACCGCCCGCAAAUCUACUGGAGGAAAGGCUCCACGCAAGCAGCUCGCCACCAAGGCAGCUCGCAAGUCCGCCCCAGCCACUGGCGGAGUCAAGAAACCCCAUCGUUACAGGCCUGGAACCGUCGCUCUCCGUGAGAUCCGUCGCUACCAGAAGAGCACCGAGCUUCUCAUCCGCAAGCUCCCCUUCCAGCGUCUGGUCCGUGAGAUCGCUCAGGACUUCAAGACCGAGCUCCGCUUCCAGAGCUCCGCCGUCAUGGCUCUCCAGGAGGCCAGCGAAGCUUACUUGGUCGGUCUCUUCGAGGACACCAACCUCUGCGCCAUCCACGCCAAGCGUGUCACCAUCAUGCCAAAGGACAUCCAGCUUGCCCGUCGCAUCCGUGGCGAGCGUGCUUAAAUAUAUCGUUUUUCUCUAACGGUAUUAAACGGCUCUUUUUAGAGCCACCAAACUCUCAAGAAAGAAUCGUUUGAUUUUACUCAUUGUUAAUCAUGCAUGUGUCGAAUGUGAACUGCCUUUAGAUAAAAGUAAACUGAAUAAAUAUUCAAGACGAUUAGAAGAUUCCCUUUUUUUUUAGAUUUCAUAGAAGAUGAGUAAAAGCUG